AAGCUUCUACUCAUAAGAAGGCUGAAAUAAUUUGAAAAAAGCAAUCAAACAACCAAUUUUUAUAACUUGUAAAGCUUCCUUCGUUUUGCGUACAAUCUAUAAUUAUACUUUCCAUUCAAUCCUCCCUAAACCUUACUUCACAAUCACCAAAAAGUAUUCUCAGCAACAAGAUGUCUGCCGCAGAUUCCAAACCCCGCAGUCGGGUUUUCUUCGACAUAUCCAUUGGAGCAGUUCCUCAAGGACGAAUCACCUUUGAAUUGUACAAUGAUAUUACUCCCAAAACCGCAGAAAACUUUCGAGCCCUUUGCACUGGUGAGAAGGGUGUUGGCAAAACAGGCAAACCUCUUUCUUAUAAAGGUUCCGGUUUCCAUCGUGUGAUCAAGCAAUUCAUGAUUCAAGGUGGUGAUUUCACAGCUGGCAAUGGAACUGGCGGAGAGAGUAUCUAUGGUGUCAAAUUCGACGACGAGAACUUCAUUGAGAAGCACGAUAGACCCUUCUUGCUCUCAAUGGCAAAUGCUGGUCCAGGUAUGUACAUUCCAUACCUUUCUUGAGCUCUUCGAUUAAAGCAGUACGUCAUGAGACUAACAAUUCAUUCCGCAGGGACCAACGGAAGUCAAUUCUUCAUCACAACUGUAGCAACUCCCCAUCUUGAUAGCAAGCACGUUGUUUUUGGUCAAGUCCUCAGCGGUAAAUCAAUCGUCCGCAAGGUCGAGAAUAUGCCUACCCAAGCUGGUGACAAACCAAACAAGGAAGUUACCAUCACAGACUGUGGAGAGCUUACCGGCGACGAAGCCGAAUCUGCCGAUGCAAAGAUAGCCGAUUCGACUGGCGACACUUAUGAAGGUACUUCGAUUUCUAAAUCAUCUUUCUUCAACUGUUUUAGAUGCUAGUCAACAUAUAUAUAUAUAUGCGACAUAGCUUCUGAAUAUUCUGUUCUUCCUUUCCCGUCUCAUGUUACAGUUUUUCUUUCGAUAUAUCCAGCUUUUGUUUCAGACUUUCCUUCCGUCUUUAUAUAUUUCGUAUUGUUGUUUGAUCAUUUGGAGUAUUGGUUAACCUAGAAUUUUCCCAUGAAAAAGAUUUUCCGGAAGAUAUGACUACCCCUCCAACCGCCUCCGAAAUCGUCAAAAUCGCAACCGACCUCAAGACAUACGGAAACACCGCCUUCAAGGCCAACCAACUACCUCUCGCCCUUGAUAAAUACGAAAAAGGUCUCCGCUACCUCAACGAAGACCCGGACUUGACCGAUUCUCCCCCCGAAACCUCCUCCUCUCUCUCUGCCAUCCGCUUCACCCUCAACAGCAACUCCGCUCUCCUUCAUAACAAACUCAAGAACUUCGCCGACGCCGAACGUACCGCUAGCGCUGCUGUCGCUGUUUCUGGUACUACGAAUACCGAUAGGGCUAAAGCUCUGUAUCGCCGCGCUGUCGCGUACAUAGGACUCAAGAAUGAAGAUGAGGCAUUAAAGGAUCUGGAAGAGGCUAAUAAAUUGGUUCCUGGAGAUGCGGCUGUGGUUAAGGAACUAUCGGCUUUGAAGAAGAGUAUGGCUGAGAGGGCCAAGAAGGAAAAGGCUGCUUAUAGCAAGUUUUUUGCUUAGUCUGGUAGCAAAUAAGGGAAUGAAUGGAACGAUUGGGCAAGGAUGGAAAGGGAAAGUUAUAAAAAAAAUGCGAUGAUUAUCGUGAAUGAUGGACGGCGUUAGUUCAGCUUAGGGAACUCUUUAAUUUUCAUGAUACACAUCAUCUCGACUCAAAUUUUUCGCGCUUCUAGAAUUAGCGUCUAGCGUUUGCUUCUAGGUAGAUAUCACUUUAGCUCUUUAUUUGAUUAGCUCCUCGAUAGCUCGUCGAUUAAGAAAUGAACGAUGAAUGAAUGAAAGAAGUUAUCAAAAUCUAAAAAGAGUAUCUAUCAUUCAUACUUGAUUAGGCCAAUACAUAAGAUCUUAGAUAUACUCGAAUACAAAUACAUGAUUAUGCCAAGUUUCAUCA